CCUCUAAUAUGUCUCUGACUAGACCUUGCCUGAAUAGGUGUCCUACCAACCUAUAGAGUCCUUUGUUGUAUUAUUUCUAAACUAGUAGGUUACGCAGACCGUAUUUCGUUUGUUAUUAAAAAUGCAGCCGAAGCAGGAUUUGAAGAAGUUAUAGAGUAAAGUUGCCAAAAAGAUAAUGGGAAAUUCAAGAGCAGUUUUGGGAGAUCGGUUUCGUUAGUUUCUUCACGCAACUCCGUACGAUGUUAAAUGUUGCCUCUUGCAACCGGUUUUCAAAACUUGAAGCCGCAUCUUAAAUAGGUACUGGUUUUGAGAGAGAUCUUUUACUGGAGAGUAAACACUAAAACUGUUGCUUUUUGAUUUUACUUUUCAAAUCCCAAUCCAACUGCGAAAAAAUUCUUGUAUCGAGCGGAGAAUUGGCCAUUUAAGCGAAACAUCGUUUUAUUACAUGCUAAUUUUUGUACAGAAUGUAGAAAUCUAUUCUGUUGUACUGUAAAACCUCACAAUUAUUUAGACAAUGGUGAUUUUUAGCAGAUAAUGUGUGCUGAAUGUGGCGAUACUGUAUAUAGGACAAACGGGUAAAUCAAUAAAGGCAAGAUUAAAAGAACAUCGUUCAGCAGCAGAGAAAAAGAAAAAUGUGCAAGUUUAUUAUAACUAAGCAUUGGAAAUUAAAUGAUGUCCAAAUAAUGGUAUUAACAUGGUGUAUAAGUAAAUAGAACUCACUAGUAAUAGUUCACCAUUACAUCUGUUGGAGUUCCCCUGUCUUAUGCCAAAUGGGAUUUAGCAAUAGGAAUUACAUUAAUAAAUUUGCGUGUUUAGUAUUGUUUUGGCAAUUAAAAAUCGGAUAUUUUAUCAAUCUUUUCAAGGUGGCUGUAGGAUUACACUUUACCCACCUUCCUUUAUCCUUCUCGGAUCUUUCUGAGGUUUCUUUCGGAAAAUGAAACCGAAAGAGCUGGUUUAUAUGGUUUUAUCGUGUGCUACUGUUUUGAAAUCAAAAGUAGGAUGUCUCUCCCGCCAAAGAAUUCGUUCAGAAGUGUCAUGCCACGUUGUCAGUAACUCUUUCAUAUCACGCAACACAGUCGUCGCUUUCACAUCUCGGUUCGAUUUGGUUUAUACCAGCCAGGCGGGUUUGUCAUUGCACCGCCCGAGAAAGAAAGUAGGCUUUGAGAACGCACUUUUACCAAUUGUUUUCCGCAGAUGAAAGUGCACAAAAGUCUUGGACAGCGCGAGCAUUGGAUGCUGUCGGGUGCUGUCUGACUCUUCUAGAUCGAUUUGUUAAUUGGAAUUUAAAAAAAUUGGUGAUUUGAUCGAAGAGUUAGUUGUUGUGUCGAGGUAUAUGUAGAGACGUGUUGUUCGUGUGAAAGUAUUAGUCAUGCUCAAGGUUACUGUUGUUACUAUUAAGUGUGGGGUGUGCUGUUUAUCAUCGAAUUUUAUGAAUCAUUUGACUGGAACAAGCGAUGUUUUGAUGUGACGUUUCAGUGAGAUUCAGUCUCUAGUUACCUAUAAGGAUUCAUAGUCAGAUGUCGGCGCCUGAUGUUUCUAAGAAUGCUAUCCCAAAUCCAGACACGAACAAUUCCGCGAACAAUUUGGCGUUAAACAGUCAAACCAUUGACGCCUACAGGGUGCGUUAUGCCCUGACGAGGAUGAGUUCGACGCCGGCGACGGCAAGCGCCUCGGCCGCCGCCGCCACCACCAAUCUAGUGAACAACAUCCUGGGAAACCUGAGCCAACAGGUGUCCGCUUCGGCGGUCCACCAACAGCACAGACGAUUGGAGCGGACCCAGUCCGCUCCUGCGCCGAACGCGGCCGCCCUGUCCGCAGCCGCGGCAAGCGUCAACACCUCCCGUUACAAGACGGAACUGUGCAGGCCCUUCGAGGAGUUCGGAGUGUGCAAAUACGGGGACAAGUGCCAGUUCGCCCACGGCGCGGCCGAACUGCGCACUCUCGCAAGACACCCCAAGUACAAGACCGAAUUGUGUCGCACCUAUCACACGGUCGGUUUUUGUCCCUACGGUCCUCGGUGUCAUUUCGUGCACAACCAGGACGAAGCGAUCCGCGCCACGCCUACCCCCGCGGGGACCGCAGCGGCCCUCAUCGCACCGCGACAACAACAACAGACGCAGCACCAUCAUCAACAGCCCAGGUCUCGGCCGGCCGCUCUGAGUCCGUCUCUGUCGCUCGAGAGUCCUAGUUCGCCGUGCAGUCUCAGCCAGUCUCCUACCUCGUCUCUGGGCUCGUUCUUCAGCAGCGAACCGGAACUGCACUCGCCCGGCACGGACGACCAACGCCUACCCGUUUUCAACAGGAUCGCCGCACCAGCCCCGUUGCUGUCCUGGAACGAGCUCUUGCUAUAAUAGUGCGCGCGGGGUGAGACGAAAGCUAUUCCAAACAAUUCUACUCAGACGAUUUAUUUAAAUACAGUGUCUUAUUUAUGUUUAUUAUUAUUAUUAUUAUUAUUAUUCAAUUCCGCUCGAGAGAAGCGGGGUGAUUUUGAUAUUUUGUGAUUUUUUACUAAUUAAGUCCCCUAGCCCUUAGCAAACUUGGUAGUAGUCGUGUUUGCGACAGUUGCAACUGAUACAGCAAGCAUUUUGAUAAUAAUUAAUUUACGAAUUCAGCCGCAAGUGUUGUACUUUAAUUUGAAUCGUUUUCGGUCCCCGGUCGAGGGGAAGUACCUUUUAACUUCAUAAAAAUAAAUUUAUUUUUCAGAAUCGUAACAAUUCUGUUUUUUAAACGAGUGACUCGCAUCCAAUGCUGACCGGUUCGGACGCUACUUGUGUUUUUAUUUCAAGAUAUUUUACCUGCUACGCAUUUUUUUUUCUUCUUUGUAUUAAACUUAUUGGACAACGAGCAAAAGACUGUUAAUUUAAGUGCAAUCACACUCAAGUCCAUCAAGUUUUUUCGGUUCGAAAUUUGCAACCACACGUUUUCAGUAAAUAAUGCACCUACCUGGUAGAGAAACAGGUUUAAUUUGAUAUAUGAACCUCAGGGAUUCGCAGUCUGGCGUAACUACCAAACACUUAAAAAAAGAAUACGUUCGUAUUUACCACUUUGCAGAACUACGAAUAUAAGCAAAAAAAUUGACAAAAAGUGUCUACCUAAAUAGCGGUACCUACUAUUUUUUUAUUAAGUAAGUCCUAUUGCAUUUACUAUUUUCUUUUUUGUGUUCAGUUUUGCGAAAAAUAAAGCUAAGGAGAAAAAACAGUACCAUAUAUCAUUCUUACGCUAACUACAUACAUAAUAUAAUAAAUAACAAUCAACGAUCUCAUUAUCAGACACUUGUUUGUCUGUAAGCUGUGAUAAAACUAAAGCUGAUGUAAAAAAAAGGAAAUAACAGUAACGUGUGAUAAAAAGUUACUGGAUUCGACCUUUGCUUUCGCAAUUUGUUGUCGGUUAAUAGAGCCGACCGAACAUGUCCGCGUCGAAUAGUUUCUUAUCAAAGGGAUCAUCCGAGAAUUACACCUUUGGAAUUUUUAAUCUGUGAUAAAAAUACAUACCUACAAGCGUGCACACAACUGCUUGUAUUUUCAUUAAACAAAUUUAUAACUAUUUGUCUAUCUGUAUCGUCUUAUCUGUCGUCGCUUUUGUAAACAUGAUUCUACUUGAACUUUAGAAUAAUAACAAGUCGAAGUCGUUCUGGUACGACUAACUUUCACAAUUAUAUUAUUAUUAUUAUUCUUAUUGAAAGAGAAACUAUAUUUAUAGUAACUGCGUACCUACAUAUAUAAUUAAAUACAACAGCAACAUUUAUUGGAGAAAACUAUUUCAGAAAAUAUUCCGUCAAUACAAUUAAUUAUUAGCUAAUGGCAGCUGCUUUUAAUUUAUGAAAAUUUUGGGUCAGACGUUAAAUACUUAAAUAAUUUACUUGUCCUACUAAUAAUAAUAACAAUAAUGAUGGUAAUUCUUUUCGAUGUGGUUCUGCAAUAUUUAUUUAUUUAUAUGAUGUAAAGUAGCGUAGAGUAAAGAGUUUUGGUUCGUUGACAGGUCGGUACUCGAAGGGAUUCGCUCGUUUAUCAUGCUACUAGGUUUGCGAGGGGCCGCCGAGUUUUUUUUAUUUACUAAAUAAUGAUAAGAAGAAGGCGUGUUUUAUACGAAUGUUAUUGAGAAUAUGUGAAAGUGCAAGUUAUUUUAGUUUUAUAAAAUGCAAGAAGAGUGUCCUGCCCGGUCUCCAUUUUCUGAUAUAUCUCUUAACAUUCCUUCAAGUCUUAAGUUUAUUUAUUUUUCAGCUGUUCAUUGAUUUUUCGCGUGCCUUCAGAGCGACCGGGAGGCCCGGAAUAAGUUUUUUGUUAUUUAUACCAUUUAUUUAAUAUUUGUGCGUUUCUAAUGAUAAUGUUAUGUAGUUAUUUUAUUAUUUUAAUUUAUAUGUAACUUAUUAUUUAUAUACCGCAAUACUGUAGGGGUGUGUGACGAGUGCAGAAAUACAGCACCAAGACUACCUGUGUAUAUUAUUUAUAUUUAGCUAAUAAUCUAUCUUUGUAUCAUUAUCAAUAAAUUAUAUUCUGUUCUUUA